CAAACAGCACUUAAGUGUGUGAAACAGCAACCGUCGAGGAAACAUUGAGCAGCACCAUAAGCCUUUGAGUCUUGACGUUGAACUGGGAGUCCCAAUUUUCCGAGGAGCAUCUGAAGGCACCAGGAAAGCGAGCGGUUUCCCUCCGCGGCACGAGCUGCUGCAUCAACCGUCUGUCCGCGAGAGCCGCGGAGCGAGUCAGUCAGCCAGCAGAGGAGCCCGGGACAUGUGUCGAGCCGUUCACUGUGAUGGGUUUCACACGGACGAUAACUGCAUUUGACAACUUUAAAAGGAUCUGCGAGUGGAUGACUAUGCCACAGAUGCAUGUCAGGACCAAUCAGAGCUAGCGCCCACAGGCACACACAUGGCCUUGUAAGCUGCGACUGUGAACCGUGCUAUCAAGGAAAUUCCUCGGUCCUCCAGGGCCGCCACCGUGGGUUCUCUAUCUGCUGGUUUGUACAGCUGCGCAAGCUUGUGUUUCCACAACACACACACAGAGCACACUCUGUAUGGACGUGGUGUCUUAGUCACUUAAGAGGUCACUGGAAGCUCAAGUUAUUAUUUCGCCCAGCACAGGCCUUUGACCAUGAGGGCACACUGAAAUUGUAAAAGAAGCUUGGGUCUGUUGUGUGGCAUGACCUGAAGUGGAUCUCUCUCAUCGUCUAACUGCAGCAGAACAACAUAUAAAGCAGGACUCUCCAAGGAGACACGAUGGCUACUGAAGAAAAUCAAACACAGGUCGGGGCUGCAGUUCUGGCUCAGCACGCUUCACCUCCUCCAUCUACUGGGAGCAGACCCAGCAGGGAAGCCAGACAUGCCAUAAACAGCCAGGAAGUUCAGCGGUGCUCUGACCAACUGUGGCAUUCAAAACAGCGGAGCAACCUGUCCCUCCUCUUAUACAGGAAGUUGUCGAGUGACAGCGGUAAUGGGACAACUCUGCAUGAGGAGUAUGAAUGUUUGGAUUGCAGCUCAAAACUCUCGAGCACCAAAGAAAAACUCUAUCCAGAGCCGUCGGCUGGCAGCAGAAUUGAAGGAAUAGCUAACACAGUUGCUCCAAUACCUGGGAAAAAUUCAGUGGGAUCUCCCUGCCAGCUGGACACCUCAGGAGAGGGUGUGGAUGCAGGCAGAAACAGAACUGGCUGCACCCGCUGCUCCUGCUCCAUGUCUAGCAUUUACACCAGUCCAAACAUCUAUUGUUGCCACAGCCCCAGAUCUAGUCCGAGUCCCAGCUCCAGCCCUGUUCACAGUCCUCGCCUCAGCUCUAGCCCCUCUCGGCCCAACCAGCGACACAUCCGCCGCAGCAGCCUGCCUGUGUCCAUGCUGGCUUUCCACAAGACGUCACCUUUGCACUCAUCUCAGUGCAGUCCGUCCAGUGAACCAAGCUCUUUGACAUCAUCUCCCUGUGGUUCCCCGAGUCCCAACCACCGGCAGCAUAACCAAAAUGGACGUAUACACCGACAACACCUCAAAGACGGCUACUCGAGUUUAGAGAGGCUUAACCGAAGGCCCAGGGUCAACAAAGCCUCCCUGGAGAAACUAUUCCUACAACGAUCAUCUCUAGAAACAAUGACAACAACCCAGAGGAACAGUGAGAGAUCAUCCUCAAGAGUGACCAGGGACUGCAGCAGGGGCAGUAGCAGUGAAGAGGGCGAUGGAGAAGGUCUCAUCGAUGACACAGAGUUUAUUAGGAACCGUAAAGAGCGCUCCACUGUCCUGGUGAGGCGCUUCUACAAGAACAAUCAAAAGGUGACCAAGUCAGUGUGUACCGGAACCAGAGCGAUUGUCAGGACACUGCCAUCAGGACGCAUCUCAGAGGGUGUCUGGGAGGUGGUUGUUGAUUGCAGGAUAUGGCGACCGACCAAGAAGGACAUACAGCCAAUCUUAAUGCGCUGUGCAGGAGAGGAAUUCAGCAUCCGCAGGGAGAUGCUGCGACUUGUUGGAUUUAAGAGACAGCAGGUCGCCAGCUAUGUGCGGAACAGAGAGGAACUAAACCUGAUUCAUCCUGGCAAAAAGCUCCUUCUGUGUUGCCCUGGAUGUGUGUGUCUCAGGAAGCCUCGCUGGCCAUCACACACGGUCACUGCCAGUCCAGCCAGACCUGACCAGACCCCCCGCCUUAAUCUCUGGUGUUGUCAUCCAUCUCAUCCACCAAGGUUUUAUCGUGCUUGUGCCCAGAGGACAUCAGUGUGUUCCCUGCUGACCGGAGCUCUACUCGAGGCCACAGCUGCUCUCGGUGCCCGCUCAGCUUUACCUUACCCUUUGCCCCCGGGCCCCAACUGCCACGCUGUGCUGAAAGAGCGCCAGCUGGCUAACAGCAUGACCAGCAGCAGCUCUCUUCCUCCCAGUGUCAGCGGGAUCAGUAAGGAGCUGGCAGAGGUGCGCCACCUUGUUCAGUUCCCCGAGGAGAUCGCCUGUAUCCUCACUGAGCAAGAGCAGCAGCUCUACCAACGGGUUUUUCCCCUGGACUACCUCUGUUUCCUUACUCGAGACCUCGGCAGUCCCGAGUGUCAAACCAAACGCCACCCAAACCUCAAGGCCUCGCUCUCAGUGCCCACCAUACCUACCCAGAGUGCUCAGCAAAGUAACGCUGUGGAGGACCUGGUGGCAAGAUUCAAUGAGGUGAGUUCGUGGGUGACGUGGCUUAUCCUGACAGCAGGGUCCAUGGAGGAGAAGAGGGAAGUUUUCUCCUAUCUGGUCCACGUCGCUAAAUGCUGUUGGAACAUGGGAAAUUACAAUGGUGUCAUGGAGUUCCUGGCUGGACUCAGGUCCCGCAAGGUGCUGAAGAUGUGGCAGUUUAUGGACCAGUCAGACAUCGAGACCAUGAGGAGUCUGAAGGAUGCUAUGGCUCAACACGAGUCUUCUUCUGAGUACAAGAAGGUUGUGACCAGAGCUCUCAACAUCCCAGGAUGCAAAGUUGUGCCAUUCUGUGGAGUUUUUCUGAAGGAGCUAAGUGACGCUUUGGAUGGGACAGCAAGCAUCAUGAGCCUCAAACCACCUCUGGAUAAUACAGAAGACUCCAUAGAGUUUGUGUCUGACUACAGCGGUCAGCACAACUUCAUUUUGCGGUCCGGCCCAGAUGGUCUGCAUGUCCCAGAGAAAGAAGCUACUGUCAGCAACAUCCUCCAGAUUAUCAGAUCUUGUAAUCGUAGUUUGGAGGCAGAGGAUCCUGAUGAUGCAUCCACCAGUCCCUCUUCUACUGGCCCAAGCCCUGCGUCUAGAAACAACUCCUUCAGAGAUCGCUGCCGCAAUCAGUUCAUGGUAGGCGACCUGUCUGAUUCAGAGGGCGACCUUUCGUCUGAGCCGGUAGUGAAAGAAGUGGAGUUUCAGGGGACUGAGGAGACGCACAAAGCUUUUAGCCACGGCACUGAGCUCAUUCCCUGGUACGUGUUGUCACUACAGCCAGGCGUUCACCAGUUUCUGCUGCAGGGGGCUACAGUGAUUCACUAUGACCAGGACAGCCAUCUCACUGCUCGCUGUCUACUACGACUACAGCCUGACAACAUCACACUCACCUGGGGUAAGCCUCAGAGUGGAGGGGCUUCUCCCACAGAGCCACCGCUGGGAUUAGGACAGACUGUAGUGGCGGGACUAGCAGAGGGCCUUCUGGACCUGGGAGUCGUGAAGGCAGUAUUCCUGGGUCAUCAGGGCGUGGAUGUUCAUGCUGUAUGUUUGCAAAACAAGCUGAGCCAGAUGACCGUGGAGGAGAACGGUCUCAGUCUCCUCUACGGUCUCAGUACCACCGACAACAGACUCCUGCACUUCGUGGCCCCCAACCACACUGCUCGGAUGCUCCAUAAGGGCCUGUCAGAGCUUGUGAAUGCAACCAGAAAAUUGAAGAAGUUUCCUGACCAAAGGUUGCAGUGGCUGAGGAGGCAGUAUGUCAGUUUGUAUCAGGAGGAUGGCAGGUACGAAGGCCCUACACUGGCCCAUGCCAUCGAGCUAUUUGGCGGGCGGAGGUGGAACAUGGGUACAGGCGGGAUGGAAAAACCUGGCGGCCAGAAAAACAUCAACGAUAAGACCAAGAAGAAGAAGAAGGUCCUUGUCAGGGGAGACAGUGGGGAUGCCACAGAUGACGAGAUGGUUUCCAGGAAAACACGGAGCUGUAAGGAGGGAUUUUAUCGAAAUGGACCGGAGUCUGACAGCAUUGACCAGGAAGAUCCAGAGGACAGCUUCCCUGGACCCUUUUCCCUCUCAUCCAAUAAAAGCCCUGGAUUGCUCGCCUCCUCUUCCUCCUCCUCCUCUUCCUCCAGCAUGGCGGGGUCCAACCAGACUCGUCCACAGUCCUCUCCGAUCCUCUCAGGAACAGCCAAGUCACAGCCAGGGGCCUGGAGCAGCAGGUCGUGGCACGGCCGUGCUAAAGGCUGUUUCAAAGGCUUCCAGAACCUCAUGAUUUCUGACAGCACAAUGAGCUUCAUUGAAUUUGUUGAGCUCUUCAAGUCAUUCAGUAUCCGAAGCAGGAAGGACCUAAAGGAGCUGUUUGACACCUUUGCUGUCCCCUGCAGUCGCUCAAAUCCAGAGUCUGCUCCUCUCUACACCAACCUCACGAUAGACGACAAAAUCACAGGACUACAGCCAGACCUCGACUUAUUAACCCGCAAUGGUUCUGAUCUUGGCCUGUUUAUCCGGACGAGGCAGCAGAUGUCUGAAAACCAGAAGCAGAUCUCCGAUGCCAUCGCAGCAGCCAGCAUCGUGACCAAUGGAACGGGAGUGGAAAACGCAUCUCUAGGCGUCUUGGGGUUGGCUAUCCCUCAGCUCAACGAUUUUCUAGUCAACUGUCAGAGGGAGCACCUAAGCUACGACGAGAUUCUCAGCAUCAUACAGAAAUUUGAGCCCUCAUCAAGCAUGAGACAAAUGGGUUGGAUGUCAUUUGAAGGCUUUGCAAGGUUCCUGAUGGAUAAGGAGAAUUUCGCCUCUCGUAAUGAGGAAUCCCAGAUGAAUCCUGAGGAGCUGCAGUACCCUCUGUCUUACUAUUACAUCGAGUCUUCUCACAACACUUACCUGACUGGACACCAGCUCAAAGGAGAGUCCUCUGUUGAGCUUUACAGCCAAGUGCUGCUGCAAGGCUGCAGGAGCGUUGAGUUAGACUGUUGGGAUGGAGACGAUGGCAUGCCAGUCAUAUAUCAUGGACACACACUCACUACUAAGAUACCCUUCAAGGAUGUGGUGGAGGCAGUUAACCGGUCUGCAUUUGUCAAUUCUGACAUGCCCGUCAUCCUGUCCAUAGAGAACCACUGCUCGCUCCCACAGCAGCGCAAGAUGGCUGAAAUCUUCAAGACGGUGUUCGGGGAACGUCUUGUGACGCGCUUCCUCUUUGAAAGUGACUUCAGCGACGACCCUCACCUGCCGUCGCCGCUGCAGUUGCGGGGGAGGAUUCUCCUCAAGAACAAGAAGCUCAAAGCACACCAGGCACCGGUGGACAUCCUCAAACAGAAGGCUCACCAGCUGGCCCACAUGCAGGCCCAGGCUAGCAACGGGUCACCUGGGGUUAGCUCACCUGGCACGCACAAUAACGAGGAAGAGGAGGAGGAAGAAGACGAGUAUGACUAUGACUACGAGUCUCUAUCAGAUGCUGAUGUCCUCACAGCCUCUACUGCCUCGUAUGGCCUGGAAGAUAACAUCCUGGAUGACAAGCCAGAGGGGAAGAGCUCAGCAGACAAAGAAGAGCAACCUGUAGAUGAAAUACCAAAGAGGAUGAAGAAGACAGAUAGUACUACGCAGAGCAAAGGAAAGGUGUUUGACAUGGAGCUGGGCGAGGAGUUCUACCUCCCUCAGAACAAGAAGGAGAGUCGACAAAUCGCCCAGGAGCUGUCCGACCUCAUCAUCUACUGCCAGGCUGUGAAAUUCCCUGGCCUCUCCACACUGUCUCCGGCCGGCUCUGGCAGAGGGAAGGACCGGGGGAAGAGCAGGAAGUCCAUAUUUGGCACAGCUCCCGCUCGCAGCAGCGCAGCAGGGGAGGUCACGACCCAGAACCGCACCCCUGGGAAAGGUGGCGCUGAGCGGCUGAGCUGGGAGGAGCAGCAGACGUCUCCGACCCUCAACCCCCCCACCUCUCUCAGCGCCAUAAUCCGCACGCCCAAGUGCUACCACAUCUCCUCCGUCAACGAGAACGCCGCCAAGCGCCUCUGCCGCCGCUACUCUCAGAAGCUGAUCCAGCACACGGCGUGCCAGCUGCUCAGGACUUACCCAGCAGCCACCAGGAUUGACUCGGCAAACCCAAACCCUCUGCUGUUCUGGCUGCAUGGAAUUCAGCUGGUGGCACUGAACUAUCAGACUGAUGACCUGCCCAUGCAGCUGAACUCAGCCUUGUUUGAGGCCAACGGGGGCUGUGGCUACGUCCUGAAGCCGGCGGUGCUGUGGGACCGUAGUUGUCCGCUCUAUCAGCUGUUCUGUCCGAUGGAGAGGGAUGUUGAGAAAAUGAGCCCCGCGAUCUACUCCCUCACUAUCGUCUCCGGUCAGAACGUCUGUCCCGGUAACAGCGCUGGCAGCCCCUGUCUCGAGGUCGACGUUCUGGGCAUGCCUGUCGACAGCUGCCACUUCCGCACCAAACCCAUCCAUCGCAACACCCUCAACCCCAUGUGGAGCGAGCACUUUCAGUUCACCGUGCACUUUGAGGAGAUGUGCUUCCUGCGCUUCGCCGUCGUGGAGAACAACAGCUCCCAGACUACAGCACAGAGGACACUGCCUCUGAAAGUCCUCAAGCCAGGUUAUAGACACGUCCAGUUGAGGACACAACAUAAUGAACCUCUCGAGGUGUCGAGCUUGUUCAUUUACAGCCGCAGAAUAGAGGAAGGCCCCUCAGGAGUUGCAACUCCCUCAUCACUGCUGUUCAGUUCAGAGGAGAAACGUGCGUCACAGCAGCAAAGGGUGACGGUGUACGGAGCUCCUGGUCCUGAGCCCUUCACUGUGUUCUGUGUCACCGAGCAGACGACCGCCAGACAGCUACUGGAGACUGUCGUAGCAUCAACGGGAAACCCAUCAGAGUACUUCCUGUGUGAGGAGAGGGUCCCUCUGUUGAAGGAGCGCAGCGAGGUGAAGCGCUGUGCUCAGCAUCGUUCUCUGGGGCCCGAUGAGGAGGUGGUCAGAGUGGUGUCCAGCUGGAACACUGAGGAUGGAUGUGUGGGGAGGAUCGUCCUGAAAACCAGAGAGGAGAACUUUAAUGAGAAGAACACGGUGCUGGAAGGAGAGGAGGAGGUGACGGCUGGAGCCAGAGAAGGAGGGGGAGGAGGAGCAGAGGACGAUAUGUUCUUUGUCCAGGUCCAUGAAGUUUCACCAGAGCAGCCUCACACCGUGAUCAAGGCCCCACGCUGCAGCACUGCUCAGGACGUCAUACAGCAGACUUUGUCGAAGGCCAAGUAUUCCUACAGUAUUCUAUCCAACCCAAACCCAUGCGAGUACGUCCUGGUGGAGGAAGUGACAAAGGACGCCAGCUCAAAGAAGUCCUCCACCUCCAAGCCCCUGCAGCGGGUCCUGCUGGAUCACGAGUGUGUCUUUCAGGCUCAGAGCCGCUGGCGAGGAGCGGGGAAGUUCAUUCUUAAACUCAAAGAGCAGGUGGUGCGGGAGGACAAAAAGAAAGUCAUUUCCUUUGCCAGUGAGCUGAAGAAGCUGACCAGCCGCAGCCGCAGCAUGGCGACCGGCAGCGGCGGUGGCGUGGACGGCCCGGCCCAGAGUAAGGAUGAUAGAGCUGCAUGCUGUGUGGCUCUGACAGAGCUCCAGGAGUGAGGCUCACGCUCUGCCUGCUGUCUGUGCAUGGAAAGGCAACAGAGGGUGUCUGUCUGCAGCCACAGGUCUGAAGGCGUGGGUGGCAGAGGGCAGGGUGGGGGCAGGAAGGUUCCUACAGGCCACUUCCUCCUCCUCUCCCUCCUCUCCCUCCUUCAGGGGGCAACCCCAGCCCGUCCACCUGCCCACCUUCUCUCUGACCCCCCCAGCCUGGAAGCUUCACCUCCUCCGGAACUGGAAGAUCCACAAAUGAGUCGGCCGUGAGAACACUUAGGCUCGACUGAUUUUAAACUUGGAGGAUUUCUGGGUCCUAACACAGCGUGGAAUUCGGCGAUAUGCCGAGGGAGUCUGAUUCUGUCUGCCCCCCCCAAUUGGUGUGUGAAGGUGACAGAUUGGUCAGCCCUUUUUUGAUUGGUUGAGUGAGCGGUCCCUUUCAGAGCAUCCGUCAUCGUGUUGGGCGGUGGGCUCCGGCUCGUCUCGGGUUAUUGGUCGUAGUGUGGCUCCACAGGGAGUCCAGGGGCAGCUGCUGUUAUUGAAGUCAUUAGGUAUGCGAUUAGGGACAUUGAAAAAAACACAUUCUCUACAGAUAUAUAAAUAUAUAUAUAGGAGGAACCUGCCCAAAGAAAACAUUUUUCUUUAGACAUGCCAGUUUUAUUUUUUAUGUCCCAAAAAUGCCACCUAAAGAUAGAACGUGUUUAGUGAACCAGAAUUCUUUUAAGCUAAAACGUAUAUCACACAUGGCAUGUAUUUGGUUCAAAGCCUAUAAACUACUCCCCCUUUUUACUGGUAUCACACAAAGGAGGCACACAGACACAGAGGGAGGGAGAUCUGCUCAGAGAAAAUGGAAGCAGAGACGUACGAGGGCAGGAAACGGUCGAGGGGCAUUGCGGAGGAGGCUGACAAGCUGGCUUGUUUGGUUUCUUAUUUCUUUCUGUUCCACUUUCGCAGUACUGUAAUGUUGGGCAUCGCUCGCACAGAGGCAACAACUUAGGAUGCUCUGUAAUGGGAGCAGCAAUGCUUUAGGCGUUUUUUUCUUGGACACUACUGUCACCGAUGGUGACCAGUUGGGGCAGCAUGUCGGGCAGCGAAGGUGUGCGAUGUUGUUGCGUAUCCGUCAUCGAUUGUCGCAACACUGCCUGUAACUUUGUAGCUGUGCCUCUGGAGAAGAUCUGUGGCUCGUUUUCACAAAAGUGUUUUAGCUCCGUUGUCAUGGCCCGCGAGUAAUUCAGUCAGUUUCCUCCUGCCUGAUGAUCUCAGCGCUAAGAUAUUUUGGGAAGAAACAGCCUCGUCUUCUUCAAAACAGCAUUUUGCACAUUUGUUUUUCCCCUUUUACUGUCAUCUUUAGUGUUUUUUUGUGUCAAACAGACUUGAUUGUUCUGAGAUGGUUGAGAUGUUUUUUUGUCUGUUUUGUUGAUCAUCGUAUUUAUUACUUUUACCUUCAGCCCAGUUAUGAAAUCAGUUUUGAGGAAAAGCACAAGAUGAAUGUUUGGAUUUUUAUCAUUAUUUUUUUUUUUUACAAACUAAAAUGGCCAAGUAAAAAAAAAUAUAUAUCAGCCGACAUUUACUGUCCUUGAUUUUGAAUGCAGUAUCUUUUAUAGCUUAUUAGUAUUAAUUGAUCGUCCCUAAUUAUUGUAGAUGCUUCUCAAUUUCUUCUGACUGCUCAUUUCAGUUUGCUUUCAGAAUUUGACUUAUUCGGGGCCACUCUUCCCCCUCUUUUCUGUUUUGAUGUGUAACAUUUCCAUAUUUAAGGAAAAUGAUAAGGCGUAGAUUCUUUUCCCUCUUUAGAAGAUAGCUUGGUUUCAUCUGGCAUUUCACGUAUUUAUAUAUAGAUGGAUAGAGUUCUUCUCUCUAGUGGAGUCAUGCUGAUCCUCGAGGAGCCCACUGAGCUUUUUAAGUCUACAGUAAAAAAGAAAGGAAAAUGAAAAGUGACAACUUUAAUUCCCAUCUGAGGGAAAUCGCUUUCGUGUUCAACUAAAAGCGUUGUCGACCUACUGUGGUUACAAUAUGGAAGCUGAGGACGGUUACGCUUUUCAUCUCAAGAUCACAAGUUAAUUAUUUCUUACAUCUCGACGUAACAGCCGGUUUUCUCGUGGCAGUGGGUUCAUUUAUCUCGUUCUGAAAAUGAAAGGCUGAUUUCUUGAGAUAACGAGAUCAUUCAUCACAAGAUAGGAAAGAGGAAGUCAUACAAACAAGUGACAAGGAAACUACUUUUGUUUUGUCAUGAUAACUAAAAAACUUGACUUGUGAUUGCGAGAUAACUGCAUUUAAAAAGAUUAGCUGCAAGCUCAGCUUCUGUAGUUCAAACUGGGGAUUGGGAUUGAGGAUAAACUGUUAAAGUUUUUUUUUGUUUGUUUGUUUUUAACCCUUUUUACAAUUUUUUUAACCGAGGUUCAACAUGAAACUUGUUAGCAAGCUUCCUAAAACCUACAAACAGUGAGACAAUAAUGUUAAGAUGUAUGAUAUCAAUUUAAAUGUUAGAUGUUUACUUCAGAGGCAAUUUGGCAAACGUAGCCACAGUUUUUUCUUACUUUGUCUUUAAAAGAAAAGUUUGCUCAGUGCCAAGUUAUGAUGUUUGAAUUUUAGUGCAAUAGUGAAGUUCUGUCACUUCAGUCCUUUAGCUUUUAACUCUUGACCUUGGCUUGUUUUAUUUGGUCAAGACUGACGUUAUUCUCACAUGAAGACCAUGCUUCGGUGAGGCUUUAGAACAAUGCUUCGCAGUAACGGAGGUUGAAACCACGACUCGGUCUCACUAUCAUCCUUUCAGCCAUUCCAGCUUUUUGUUGUAAUAAUCGAAACACGAUUAUGCAAAAAAAAAAAAAAAAAAAAAAGAUCCGAUAACGUAACUGGUGAUUACUCACAAACCACCACGCGGAAUACGAAGUGUCAUCAGCCGAUUUUAACUUUGUGAAAUCCACACUGACUUUAAACAGAAAGGGACGUUUUCUGUUCAGUAGAAAAAAUCUUUAAAUCAGUUCCUGUAAUCUUCUUCACAUCUUCUUUCUAACCUGUAGACCUCAUUUCUGAAUGUAACAUUUCUUAACGUGUUGAACCUGAGACAGAUGUGUGUGUUUGGAUUGUUAUUUAUUUGAAUGUGAAGCCCUGGUUGGCACUUUGUUGUUGUUUAUGUGUAAAUUCCUGUAAGUAGUUUUAAGUGUUGUUUUUUUUUUUUUUUUUUUUUUUUAAUUUAUUUCAUUGUGGGAGGGUAUAAACUCUCUGCUGCCCUAAUUGUACUCAAACAUAUAUGGAUACAUAAAGAAAUAUUUUACUUUAUGUGUAAAAUAUUCAGUAUAUUGUUCAGAAGUCUGGCAUGUUCUUGUGCAGUACACAGCAGCAUGUUUAAUGCCUUUUAUUUUGUGAGUUUUCAUACAUGUGGACAAAAGCUGACAAUUAGAAUCUUUGUUAAAAUAAUUCUUCUGAAAGUCCUCUGGUGUAUUCAUUAUAUCCACUGACUCUGACAUACUGUAUGUGUUAGCUGACUGUGGGCCGCGUGUCAUCUGCAGAAGACGACCAGCUGGAACCCUUUAACAUCCGCCGUCUGUGUCAUCACGUGGCCGUCAAGUGAACAUUUGUCUAUUUGCUUGAAUUUUUAAAUGGAUGAGAAUUGGUUUAUUUGUCAUAUAUCACGAUCACAAUAAAAAUACAAAUCUGACUCAA